ACAAAAAAAUUAUCAAAAGUUUUGAUUCAAAACAGUUAUCACAACAAUCACAGUAAACGCACUGUUAAAACAAUAAAAAGAGCAUGUUUUGUAAUCUAUGACCCUUUUUUUAAACACAUGUAAAUUAUUUGUUAAUAUCUUUAAAUUAAAAUGGAUGAGGAUUUAGCUGAUAUUGCUUUUGAAUUUGCAGAUGAUUUUAAUGAGGAAACUGAAGGUAAAGUGAAAACCACUAAAGGCAUUGCCAAAACCCAUACAUUAUUAGUAAAUCCAAAACAACGUGGGAAUCCCUUACUAAAAUCAGUUUGCAAUGUUCCCUGGGAGUAUGAUGAAAUUGUACCAGAUUACCAAAUGGGGCAAACAACAUGUGCUUUAUUUUUAUCACUACGAUAUCAUAAUUUAAACCCUGAUUAUAUACAUGACAGGCUAAAACUUUUAGGGAAAAUGUACCAGUUAAGGGUCCUAUUAGUUCAGGUGGAUAUUAAAGAUCCCCACCACAUAUUAAAAAACUUAACUAGAAUAUGUAUAUUAGCAGAUUUAACUUUAAUUCUGUCUUGGAGUGCUGAAGAAUCUGGGAAAAUAAUUGAAACAUAUAAAAUUUAUGAAAAUAAACCAGCUGAAGGAUUGAUGGAAAAAAGUGAAAGUUUGCCUUAUUUAAAUUUGAUAACCACAUUAACUGCUAUUAAAAGAGUUAAUAAAACGGAUGCAAUGACUUUAAUAAGAAAGUUUAAAACACUUAAGGGAAUAAUAUUAGCUAGUGAAACAGAAUUAGCUGAAUGUCCAGGUUUGGGUCCCAUAAAAGCAAAAAAGUUGUAUCAAACACUGCAUGUAAAUUUUUUAAGGAAAUAAUUUUGGAUAAAAUAUUUAUGUAAGCAUAAUCUAUAUUCUAAUAAAAAUUUUAAUAAUUAUGAGUUUUUGGGUUAGAGAUGUUCUAAGCCACCAAAAAUAUCCCUAACAUAGUAGUUUGGCUGAGACUCUUUUCC